GUUUUUCUUUUUUUUUUUUAGGUCGAAGGACAAUCAGAUCCCACACACACUGUAAACACCUGCUUUUGAUAUUUGAAAGAAUGUAACAGUUGGACCUGAUCCCAAACUGAUUGAAGGUUUUCUUUUCACAGUGGAGAAAAUGGAAUCAUGUUCAGACAUGAAUCCUCAUUUCCCGGCAGUGACCUUUACGAAGAUCAGCCUGAUUUCGUGUUCCAUCCUGUCCCUGAUUGGCCUGGCUCAAAUGAAGUCACAGCUCGGCACCACCCCCAACAUCAGGGACAUUGUGGUGGGACGGUGUUACGUUUACAACGCUCUGAUUGAUCCCAGUUUAAGGUUGGACUGUGUGAAGAUGUGGAGACAGUUUGAGGACGCGGUGGUCCUUCAGUCCUCAUGUAACGUGACUGUGGACUAUCUACCAAUAUUUUACACCGUUCCACAGAGUGGACCAUGUCACAGAUCUCUUUUCUGGAGUAAAACCAGGAAGCUAAUGCACAGCUACGCCGCUGCUGUCGGAACCUUCUGGACCCUGGAGGACACACUGAUUGGCUUCCUGUUCAACGACCUCCACUGGUGCGGACAACACAAAAAUCCUGGGUUUGAUUUCAGCUCAUGUCCCAUGUGGUCCACGUGCAGGAACCAUCCGAUGUACUCCCUGUGGAGACAGGCCUCUGAGAGUGUGAGCGCAGUGACCGCACGCAUCCUCGUACAACUCUGUGAAUUAUUGCCCCUGUGCGACUUCCCCCGCUCACUCACUCUCUCAUCACUGCUGCAGUUUGCAGAAACGGCGUGUGGCAACGUCACCGUGCUGCUGAACGGCUCCAUUGUCAACGCCUUCGACAGGAACAGCAUGCUGGGAAGUGUUGAAGUCAACGGUCUCAGACCAGAGAAGGUGGAAUACGUGAACAUUAAAGUGGCGGCUGAUCAACAGGGGCCGUACAUAGAAUCUUGUCAUCGAGGCUCCGUCUUAGACCUGAUCCAGAUCCUCCAGUCCAGGGGUUUCCAGUGGACCUGCACAGACAGUGAUCAGUGUCGUCACUUGUUUCCACAGAACCCUGACGAUUCUCCAGUGCAUCCAGGAUCCGACAGAACCAACGUGUCGGACUUAUUUUAACAGCCUGGAACAAGGGAAGUGUUCUGUGUCUGACUGAUGCAGCCCAACUCCAAAAUCCAUGUUGGACCAGCUGCCUGUGUCGGGGUCUGACCUCUGACCCACAGAAAGUGGAUCUCUGUUCUCUGGUUAUAUUUAGCGGCUCACGAGACGGGGACAUAAUUCAUAUGUCAGUUUGGCAAAAACACAGACUCAGGCCAGACUUCAAAUCUGAUCACACACACUGUUUUAGAACAGAAAAAACAGUGGUCUGACUUUAUUAAAGAACCCUGUUUGAAUGGAAAACCUCACCUUUUGUUACACAGCAUUUCUCAACAUGUUGAAAUGUCUGAUUUUCUUCUAAUGCAUAAUAGUUACUGGCUGACUGACUGACUGACUGACUGGCUGACUGACUGACUGACUGAAUGACUGA